GAGCGUUUGUCAGUCAGAAUCAGUCGUUCGCCGGACGUGCGCCGGGUAGGGUGUACGGUGUAUUUGUAUAUUAUUAUUUCUAUACCACGCGAUAUUAAACGGUUUUUGUAUUUCGAUUAAAAGUUCGAAACGUGUCAACGGGAUUCGUGCAAGAAAAACUUUCGUUAUUCUCGUGGUGUUAUUAUGGUGGGGAUAAUGGAUGGAGUGUUAAACGUUUCUCUCUCGUUAAAUUAACUAUUUGAUAGAAUAUUAUAUGUAUGUAUAUGUAUAUAUUCAUAUGUAUGUAUAUAUGUGUUAGUAGAAAGCUAAAUAGUAGUGCAUUUGGAUCACCUGUGUAAACAGUAGCGAACGUUUUUUUUUAUGCAUCCCCAAGCUUCGAAACAUAAAUUGUAUCUCAACAAGAAAGAGAGAAAGAAUAGAAUAUAUGUGUAUAUAUAGAGAGAGAGAGAGAGAAAGAAAGAAGAUUAUAAAUAAAUAAUGACAGAAGAAAUUCGCUUUUCUUAUCUUAGCAAAACAACAAUAGAAUGAAUGUUGUAAACGACCGAUCAAGGGAAAUUUCGAAAAACUGACGAAGAAAGAAGAAAAAGAAGUGGUCGAAAGGGAAGGAGGAAAGGGGAAGAAAUCGAAUGAUUGGGAGAACUAAAUUCGCAUGAAAUUUUGCUGAUGUUGUUAUUGUUGUUGUUGUUUGAACAAGCGAUUCGAAAUCGACGAUAAUUGUGACUCAUGUGUGUGUCAUAAAAUUCUUUAAUUUAAUAAACGCGUGAUUCUAUUUCGCCUCUAUUGGUUUUCUUUUUUUUUUUUUUUUCGUAUCGCGUGCAGCGACGAGAAAAACGAUGUUGACUAUUGACUGAAUAUCAUUUAUUGUUUAUCGUGUUGUGUGGGUUGGGUUGGGAGGAGGGAGAGGAAGAAGAUCAGUGAAAAGUUUAUCAAGAAAGAAUAGGAGAAGGAAGAAAAGGUGGUGGAGAUGAUGAUGGCGCCACAGGUGGUGGGUGUUCUGCUGAAGAAGCCGGGACAGCAGAACCACCCACGCAUAACGUCCCUCGAUCGACAGGAAACCAAAAUUAGGGGGGAGCUCUACGUCGAAAACCUGGCCGAGAGGAGGACCGUCAUGAUCAGGAUGGGAUGGUUGUGGGUCGAGGGUACUUCAAUGAAGUUGGCUCUAAGGGCAUUGAACCUUCGUCAAGCGGCACCCAGUCUAUGCCAGCCUCAUGCCCUCGCCCUUGGAUUUACUCUGAGCGAUUCUCAGGGUCAUUCGCUUGCUACGUUUUGGGCCGACACAGAACCGAUAUACUGGUCUUGGGUGAAAGCGAUAGCAACAGAACUGGUAAGGCAGACUCCGUUUCGUGCUCGAAGAUGUCUAAACUUUUUAGAGAUCCUGACAAUCUGUCCGAGAAGUCCGGCACCGUUUCCGGAGAGUCUGGCAGAAUCUAGGAGACGUUCACGAAGUGAGUUUCGUUGUUGGCCAAUCGAAUCGUCGAUGGAUGACGGAAAUUCGAAAAAUUCGACGAGUAUAUUAGAAGAAUCUAGAAGAAGAGCGAGAAGCGAGUUACGUGGUUGGUCGAGCAGUAAUUCAAGCGACGAGGACAAUUUAGGUGAAUUUCGUAGUAUACCAGCAAUAAUAUCAACGAAGGAUCAAACGGUCUCGAGAACGUGGGGUUGUAGCGAAAGUAGCGAGGGUAGUGACGAUAGUCUUCCAUGGGGUGUCGGAAUAUGUCGAUCUAGCGUAGAUUCCGUCGAUUCUACGGUUUCCUUGUCGGAACCCGAGACCAAAGAACAAAGGAUACAAAGGUACAAGGAAACCCGUAGACGGGAAAACGAAGCAAGAAGUCGUCGUGUUUUAGAAGAAGAUGCUAGGAGACGUAAAGCAAGAGCCGAAGAAAAUAAUAACAACAACAACAAUAAAAACAAUAACAACGAACUUCCUAAAAUCUACGGGCCUAGAAGCAAAUAUUAUUCCGUCAACGAAAACGACGAUCAUCAUCAUCAUCUUACUCGACGAUCACCGAAAAAAGAAUCGUCGAAUAAUGUUACAACCGAGUCGGCCGAAAUAAUUCGAAAUGAGAACGAUAGAUUACCGCCUAUCAAACCGGUUGAACCAUUUACUGUUAGAUUCGAAGAGACCGAUAGAACCGUCGACGGAAACGAUCCAACGCGGUGCAGUAACGGCACAAUUACCAAUGGUAUCUUAAGGACAGAUGCGAAUAACGAACGAAGGAGUCGAACUAGAGAGAGGCGAAUUUUUCGAGAGAAGGGUCAAUCUCAGCAAGCACAAGAAGUAACGACGAAUAGUAGUAACAACGUUGAGAGUUUGCAAGAACGAAAGGAACGAUUGGCUGCUAUAUCCUCGAGAAUACCUGUACCACGUCAGUUGUCUUUAGGAAAUGAAAGAACGAUUAGAUCAGUUACGAGUAGUGCAUCGUUGAUUGAUGGUUGCAUGAGUUUGCCUAGAUCUGCUACGACAAUGGCUUUGUCGAUAUUAAAGGAACCACCUUGCGAGGAGGACGUUGCCAGAUUGUUGGAGAGGUGUCAGAGGGUCGAUCAUUAUGUACCAGUUCGUGAAAAACUUACUUUGUUCGAAUCUCUCUCGAGAUUGGGUGGUCGGUUGGCUCGAAGUACAGAGGAUCUUGGUAGAACCGAAUCUAAACCAAGUCCUAGGGGAAAACAACGGGCGAGAUCGCUUCACGAUUUAAAUCGUGGCGCUAGGUCCGUGCCGGUACGUGAAAUGUGUCGAUUUUUCGAAGGUGACGUUCGUGACACCGGUCAGGGCAAUCAAUCGCCAACGAUCGUUACCACCAACAAAUAUUCGACGUUGACGAAAAAUUCGGGCAAAUUAAACGAACCGUUGAUAACAAAUUCUUUGAGAAACACGUGGAAGGAUAACAAUACCUCAACGACGUCCAAUAAAAGCAACAACGAUGCCGCCCCAUGCGUUAGAACGUCCACGAGAAAGAAACAUUACGCUAAGUGAUUUAUUCCGCGCGAUUAUUAAUUAUUAGAACGAAAUAAAAAGGGGAUGACUAUGAAGUAUUAACAAAAAAAAAAUAAAAAGAAAAAAGACUCUCUUCUCUCUCGGUGUCUCUUUCUUUUUUUUUUGUAUUUCGAGGGAACCGAGAGAGAAAGUCUCUCUCGGUUGCAUUGCGUUUCUCGUUUCACGAAACUUUCAACGAUUCUAUCGUUUUCUUACGUGUUCAUAAUACGAUCGUCCGAUAAACUCUAACAUAAACUUACGUUAUAAGUACGUUGUAUAGAAAUCGAGCAAAUAAUUAGAUAUUACGAAUCUUGAAAAAAAAAA